GGCGCGGUGCGGCGCGAAGCCGAGCCGUCCAUGGUGCAGCGCAUGUGGGCCGAAGCGGCCGGGCCUUCGGGCACCGCCGAGCCGCUGUUCCCGGGCUCCCGGCGGAGCCGCAGCGUGUGGGACGCUGUGCGACUGGAGGUGGGAGUCCCAGCCCGGGGCCCCGUGGUGCUACACAGCUUCACGCAGCUCGACCCCGACCUGCCUCGUCUGGAGAGCUCCACACAGGAGAUCGGCGAGGAGCUGAUCAACGGGGUCAUCUACUCCAUCUCCCUGCGCAAGGUGCAGCUGCAGCACGGAGCCAGCAAGGGCCAGCGCUGGCUUGGGUGUGAGAAUGAGUCGGCCCUGAACCUCUAUGAAACCUGUAAGGUGCGGACUGUGAAGGCAGGCACGCUGGAGAAGCUGGUGGAGCACCUGGUGCCCGCCUUCCAGGGCAGCGACCUCUCCUACGUCACCAUCUUCUUGUGCACCUACAGAGCCUUCACCACCACCCAGCAGGUGCUGGACCUGCUCUUCAAAAGGUAUGGUAGAUGUGACGUCCUCACGGCCUCCUCUAGAUAUGGCUGCAUCCUCCCCUACUCCAGCGAGGACGGCGGGCCUCAGGACCAACUCAAAAAUGCCAUCUCCUCCAUCCUGGGCACCUGGCUGGACCAGUAUUCAGAGGACUUCUGCCAGCCUCCAGACUUCCCCUGCCUCAAGCAGCUGGUGGCUUAUGUGCAGCUCAACAUGCCUGGCUCAGACCUGCAGCGCCGUGCGCAUCUUCUGCUGGCUCAGCUGGAGAACUUGGAGCCCAGCGAGGCCGCACCUGAGGCUCUGGCACCAGCUCCAGUGCUAGCCCUGAAACCAGCCGUGGAGCUGGAGCCGGCUCCAGUCCCAGUUCUGACGUCCACUCCAAUAGCAGCACCAGUAUCGGGUCCACAGCUGGAGCCAGCAUUGGCUUCUGAGCUCGAGGCAGCUCCUGCACCUGCUCUGGAGCGAGAGCCCACGCCGGAGCCGGAGCCAGAGCCGGAGUCGGAGCCGGAACCAGAGCCGGAGCUGGAGCUGGAGCCUGCUCUGUCACGAACUCCAGAGCUGCAGCGGGCCCUGGGCCCCAGGCUGCCCACCGAGCCACCCUGGCUUCCACCCGUGACCUCAGAGAACGGACUGGCCCAGGAGCAGCCUCACAUCCUGACGUUCCCUCCUGACCUGGUGGCGGAGCAGUUCACGCUGAUGGAUUCGGAGCUGUUCAAGAAGGUGGUGCCCUACCACUGCCUGGGCUCCAUCUGGUCCCAGCGGGACAAGAAGGGCAAGGAGCACCUGGCACCCACCAUCCGUGCCACCGUUGCCCAGUUCAACAACGUGGCCAACUGUGUCAUCACUACCUGCCUGGGGGACCGGAGCAUGAAGGCCCCGGACAGGGCCCGGGUGGUGGAGCACUGGAUCGAGGUGGCCAGGGAGUGCCGCGCCCUGAAGAACUUCUCCUCCCUGUACGCCAUCCUCUCUGCUCUGCAGAGCAAUGCCAUCCACCGCCUGAAGAAGACAUGGGAAGACGUCUCCAGGGACAGCAUCCGGAUAUUCCAGAAGCUCUCUGAGAUUUUCUCUGAUGAGAACAAUUACUCACUGAGUAGAGAGCUGCUCAUCAAGGAGGGCACCUCCAAGUUUGCCACCCUGGAGAUGAACCCCAGGAGAGCUCACAGGCGGCCAAAGGAGGCGGGCGUCAUCCAGGGCACUGUCCCCUACCUGGGCACUUUCCUCACCGACCUGGUGAUGCUGGACACCGCCAUGAAAGACUAUCUCUAUGGGAGACUGAUCAACUUCGAGAAGCGGAGGAAGGAAUUCGAAGUGAUCGCGCAGAUCAAGCUACUGCAGUCGGCCUGCAACAAUUACAGCAUCGCGCCCAAGGAGCACUUUGGGGCGUGGUUCCGGGCCCUGGAGCGGCUCGGAGAGGCUGAGAGCUACAGCCUAUCAUGCGAGCUGGAGCCCCCGUCUGAGUCGGCCAGCAACACCCUCAAGUCCAGGAAGAGCACAGCCAUUGUGAAGCGCUGGAGCGACCGCCAGGUGCCCAGCACCGAGCUCAGUACCAGCGGCAGCUCCCACUCCAAGUCCUGUGACCAGCUCAGGUGCGGCCCCUACCUCAGCAGCGGGGACAUCGCCGAUGCGCUCAGUGUGCACUCAGCCGGCUCCUCCAGCUCUGACGUGGAGGAGAUCAACAUGAGCUUUGUCCCAGAGUCCCCGGACGGCCAGGAAAAGAAGUUCUGGGAGUCGGCCUCCCAGUCCUCCCCGGAAACCUCCGGCAUCAGCUCGGCCUCCAGCAGCACGUCCUCGUCCUCAGCCUCCACCACGCCCGUGGCCACCACGCGCACCCACAAGCGCUCUGUCUCAGGGGUCUGCAGCUACAGCUCCUCACUGCCGCUCUACAACCAGCAGGUGGGCGACUGCUGCAUCAUCCGCGUCAGCCUGGACGUGGACAACGGCAACAUGUACAAGAGCAUCCUGGUGACAAGCCAGGAUAAGGCUCCCACGGUCAUCCGCAAGGCCAUGGACAAACACAACCUGGACGAGGAUGAGCCGGAGGACUAUGAGCUGGUGCAAGUCAUCUCAGACGAUCGCAAGCUGAAGAUCCCCGAAAACGCCAACGUGUUCUACGCCAUGAACUCUACUGCCAACUACGACUUCAUCCUGAAGAGGCGGACCUUCUCCAAGGGCACAAAGGUCAAGCAUGGAGCCAGCUCCACCCUCCCUCGCAUGAAGCAGAAAGGACUCAAGAUUGCCAAGGGCAUCUUCUAAGGACAUCUCUCCAGGCUCUGGCUGGCCGGCGGCUCAGCACUUCCAGCCCAGAGUGAGCCAGGCCAAGCAGGGGCCUUCUGCCCACCUGCCAGCCCAGGCCACCUCCAUCUCUGGUUUCUGCCGAACCUCUCCUGCAGCCGGGAUUGACACCUGCCAUCGACAGGCUGACCUGGCCUCGAGGGGCCACUCGCUGCCUUAGGUGCCUUCUGCUCUCUGGAACCAGAGGCCGAGCUCGCUUUGCCAAGGAGGACUCCCAGCGGGCACGGGGCCCAGGCCUGCCCCGGCCACACCCUCACGCUUCCUGACGCCUUCCGGUGCGGGUCACUGCCGCCCGUGCCCUAGGUACCCAGGGCACCGCUCCGACCACUGCAGUUCUCUCCUGCCCACGGGCACCGGGCUGGGACCUGCUCGGGGUCCGGCCCCUCCUCCCACCACUCUAGCCUUCCUCGGGCUACACCAAAGAUUCCAUCACCGACCGCGCUCUUCACCCAGUGGCGGGGAAGCCUGUGGGUGUCGCGCCUCAGCCGCUGCGAGGGCCGUUUGCCACUGUGUCCAGGCUGGACGAGACCACUCGAAACAGGCUUGGGAAGAAGGAGGGCUUCGGGAGGGGGAGGCCAAGUGAAUAUUUGUAUAGAAAGAAAAAAAAUGUUUACUGAUUGGGGCGGGGCAAUAUUUAUUUGUUGUAAAUAGAAAAUGCUAGACUUGAAUAUUAUAUUAAAACCCUGUUUCUACUACA